CCAAGGGGAAACCAGACCAGUCCAUUUACAAAAUCCCAUUCAAGUUUUGUAUCUGGAGCAGAGCGCAUCUACUGACUGACCGGAACGGACGCCAGCUUUUCUCGCGGAUUUACAGUCUUUUCAGGACACCUACCGUGUGCACGGCAUUUUAUAAACGAGAAAAGAGAGACUAGAAAGAAAAGAUCGCUUUUGAGCGAAGACCCUCUGCUGGGAUUUGUAAAGACCCAGAUAUCAUGGACAGAUUUUAUGACCAGCAAGUACCAUUUAUGGUCCCAUCAAAUCAGAAAUCAUCCCAAGUGGAGGAAACGUGCAACAGAAGUGUCAAUGAAAGGAAAAGAAAGUUUGUAGACACUGAACUUGCUCAGGACACAGAAGAACUCUUCCAGGACCUCAGUCAACUGCAGGAAAUCUGGAUUGCAGAGGCCCAGGUGCCUGAUGAUGAACAGUUUGUCCCAGACUUUCAGCCGGACAGCUUGACAUUUCAUGGCCCUCCUCCAACCAAGAUUAAACGGGAGAUGAGUCCUUCCAAAGAGCUCUCCCCCUGUAGUGAGGACAGGAGUCCUAUGCUGUAUGGAGAGAAGUGCCUUUAUAACUACAGUGCCUAUGAAAGGAAAACCUCUGUUGGGUUCAAGCCUUUGACUCCUCCUUCAACACCUGUGUCACCAUGCAGCUCCACCAAUGCACUCCCCAUGCAUGAACAGACGCCUCCUCCGGUCCAUAACUCUACAUUAGGCCAACGCUCCCUACAUGGACAGCCUGCUGUGGCUAAUUCCGCCCUCAGUCAGAGGGCCCUCCCACUACACAGCCAGACUCCACCUUUUGCAGUGCCAUGUCCACCUCAGAACCACAAUGCCCCCUUUAACAAUGAGCACAGGUUUCAGCGCCAGCUAUCGGAGCCCUGUUUGCCAUUCCCGCCCUCCGAAACCCAGGGAAAACCAAACUACAUUCCCCAGGCAUCAAGCACUUCACCUAGAGAUGGGAGGCCACCGUAUCAUCGGCAAAUGUCAGAGCCAGUUGUUCCAGUUCAUCCUCAGGGUUUUAAACAGGAACUGUUGGACCCUCGUUAUGCUGAGCAGGGUGUACCCAACAUGGGUCCACCCCAGGCUGCCUUCCACCCUAUGGCCAUCAAGCAAGAGCCACGAGACUUUGGCUUCGACUCUGAAGUGCCUAACUGCCGGUCUUCAUUUGGGAGAGGAGCAAGCUUUUACCAAAGCCAAGAAAGUUUUUCAUUUGAUAGAGAUCAGCACUUGUAUUAUGAUGAUACAUGCGUUGUUCCCGAACGGCUUGAAGGGAAAGUAAAGCAGGAGCCAUCUGUAUUUCGUGAUGGCCUACCUUACCAGCGUCGUGGAUCUCUCCAGCUCUGGCAGUUUCUGGUCACACUUCUCGAUGAUCCUGCCAACGGUCACUUCAUUGCUUGGACAGGGCGUGGCAUGGAGUUUAAACUCAUUGAGCCAGAAGAGGUGGCUCGACGUUGGGGCAUUCAGAAAAACCGACCAGCUAUGAAUUAUGACAAGCUGAGUCGCUCUCUGCGCUACUACUAUGAGAAAGGCAUCAUGCAGAAGGUUGCUGGCGAGAGGUACGUCUACAAGUUUGUGUGCGACCCUGAGGCCCUCUUCUCCAUGGCUUUUCCAGACAACCAGAGGCCAAACAUUAAGGCUGAUCCCGAUGGCCUGCCUGUGGUGGAUGAUGAAACACUACCCAUCACUCACUACGAUGAAGGACGCUCUUACCUGGUAGACGGAGGAGAGCAGUGUGUCACUGGGAUGCCUUUCCCUGACAGCUAUGUGUACUGACUCUCAUGCCCAAUCAAAAACCUGAACUGUUGAGCAGACUGGACCAUGUCUGUCCCUGCUGCCUCUACUUCUGCCCUGUUGUCCAUUUACAGAUUAGCCCUCCCCCAAAAGUUGCAUUAAAUUAAUGGAGAGAUCUGCAAACCAUCAAAUCUCUGGCAUUGGCCCUUGGAAAGUGUCCGGGAAGUGAGGGAUAUCUGGACUUCUGCAGCUUGACCUGCUUUGUGGUGGAUGGUUACUUGAUGCUGCAGAAAAUGCAAAGUCAGUGUGCUGAAGGACUGUUGGGUCUCUGUGCAGACUAAAAGAAUUGUAGCAAUUCUGUUUUGACAAUCUUUUUUAAAAAAAAUAAAAUAAAAUAAAAUAUUAAGAGGUGCCCUAACAAAAGAAAUUACCUAUAUCAAAAUACAGCACUAUUUAAUAGCUCCCUAUUUGGGUACUAAUAGAUUUGUGUUACCUCAAAAUCAUGUAGACAUCUAUCAGAGGUGAAAAGGGCUUUAUUUUGCAAAGGUAAAAAGAACCCGUUAUUUCUUCAGUUUUGGUUAGACCUGUUUAGAAAGCUGGCUUUUAUACAGUACUUUGGUUUAACUAAAUGCAGGACUGCUUCAAACAUGGAAUUUAUACACAAUAUGCUUUUGUUUUGUGUUUUUUUGUUUUUUUUAUUUUAUAAUAAUUAUUGUUGGCUUGUUUUUAGUCAUUGUAAGUGUUGUGGGGAUGUAUCAUUUGUAUCAUUAGUGUACUCUAUCCCACUGGAUUAUUCAAAGGUUAUUGCUCUAUAAUGAAGCUGAACCAGAUACACUCUUAAAGACAUUUGGUCAGAUUGCAGUGACUGUUAACCCAUUGUUAAACAUAUUUCAUAUGCAUUGACACUUCCUUGAAAAUUGGUACAUGAUGUUAAACAAGAAUAUCUUCAAAAAGGGAUGCACUAGACAAACUUUUCUUUAAGAGUUACAGCCUCUGACUACUUAAAAUGUAUUUAAGAGUCAAUGUUUUUAUCCUGUUUUGUAUUAACUUUGGCUUACUUUUCUUUGGCACUGUACAAGUUUUAAAAUGCACCACGAUGGCAGGACAGCCAGGACUUUGCAUGCAAUAAGGUGAAAAGCACGCCUUCUCCUGGACUCCUUUUCACUGCCAGUAUGAAGUUGAUGAAAGACCACUGCUUCCUUUUUGCAUGGUACUCAACUGACAAUUGUCCACUAAUAUAUCGCUUUAUGCUGGACAAAGAUGAAAUUAAUUUCUCUGCAUUGUUUUCUUUCUUUUUUUUUUUUUUUGAGAAAGAUGAACUUAUAUAAAUAUAUAUUUUUGCAAAGUCUGCAUUGGUUUGAUUUCAUUGUAUCAGCUGUAUAGUACUGCCUAAAACAUGUUUUAAAUUUGGGAUGUCUGUGGUGCUUUCACUGCAGAACAGGGCUUAAUGGACUCCCUUUGGGUUGGAUUACAGCAACAUUUUCCAUAACGGUCCUCAGACACUCUCCUGCUUUUACUACAGGUUCCUAACACACCUGAACCAUGUAUACAGUGUUCUUAAUGACUUUGGUACAACUGAGGACUGUUUGGGGAAAAGUUAGAGGGAAGUAUGCUUUGGUAUGAAAACUGAUCUCUAUGUAUUAGGCUUUCUCACUGAAUGAGAGGUUUAUUAAUCAAAGCCCUAGCACCAGAAGGGUGGAGUCUGCAUGUGUAUAGGCUUCACCUUCUUCCUUCAUAUUGUGUACCUUUUUAGUUUAUAAUCUGUUCUGGGUACAAUAAACUGUUCUUUCUGCUUCACA